GGUCAUGUGUCACAUCUUUGUCGCCACACUUACAAACACGUUAUUUUUACUUGUGGCCGUCGGCAGCUGACAUGGACCACAUUAAAGAUGGAUGGUUUACAGAAAUGUGCACGUUAUGGCCCGGGCAAGCGAUGAGCCUCCAAGUGGAAGAGGUCCUCUACGACAAGAAAUCCAAAUUUCAAGAUGUUAUGGUUUUUAAGAGUAAAACCUACGGGAAUGUCUUGGUGCUGGAUGGAGUGAUCCAGUGCACAGAGAGAGAUGAGUUUGCCUAUCAAGAGAUGAUUGCCAACCUUCCCCUGUGCAGCCACCCCUGCCCCAAGAAGGUGCUCAUUAUUGGCGGUGGUGAUGGCGGUGUGCUGAGGGAAGUGGUGAAGAAUACACUGGUGGAGUCUGUGGUCCUGUGUGAGAUAGACGAGGAUGUCAUUAAUGUAGCGAAGAAGUUCCUCCCAGGGAUGGCCAAAGGGUUUUUCAGCCCCAAGCUCACCCUCCAUGUUGGAGACGGCUUUGAAUUCAUGAAGCAGAACCAGGAUGCCUUCGACGUCAUUAUAACCGAUUCCUCGGACCCUGUCGGCCCUGCUGAGAGUUUGUUCAAGGAGUCUUACUAUCAACUGAUGAAGGCAGCAUUGAGAAACGGUGGAAUUCUUUGUUCCCAGGGAGAGUGUCAAUGGCUCCAUUUGGAGCUGAUAAAGGAGAUGCGAACCUUCUGCAAGACCCUAUUCCCUGUGGUGGAAUAUGCCUACAGCACCAUACCAACUUAUCCCAGUGGCCAAAUUGGAUUCAUGCUCUGCAGUAAAAAUCCUGAAACAAAUUUCAAGGACCCAGUGAAAUCACUGGCAAAAGAAGAAAUGGAAACUAUGAACCUUAAAUAUUACAAUCCUGAAAUUCACAAAGCAUCAUUCGUCCUCCCUGAGUUUGCAAGAAAGGUACUCAGUGACGCAUGACCAGCAACAAGAGACCACCAUGUUCAUCCUCUACCUGGCCCUUAGACCACAGAUAAACAACCUUGUUCUGCGGCUUCUUCACCUCCUCAACACAGUUCAGCACCACUGAAGAAGAAAGUGGCCUCCUAAAGAUUUUGUGGGUGUGGGCAACUAAUAAUCAGUGGGUGGGUACUUUAUACAGAUAAAGUGUUCGUAUUCACUCUGGUGUUUUCUUUCCUUCCAGUCUUACAUGCUCUCAGUGUUUAUUUAUUUUUCUGAUGUAUUUGGUUUUUCAUUUUUACUCUGUAAUUGUCUUAUCAGCUUUUUUUUUUUUUUUUUUGGAAGAGCAGUUUAAUGGGCUUGGCUGAGUGGGAAGAACAUUGCCAUCAAACCUGACCUCACUCUGAAACUGUGUACUGUUUAUUGGAUUCUUUGCAUCUACACAUUAUGCAAUAUAUUACAUACCAUAUAGAGUAUGUAUAUGUAGGUAUUGCUGUACUUUUAUUUGUAAUGUUUAAUAUCAGUUUGUGCUCAUAGGAAAAUACACGGUUGCCAUUUGUCAUGACUUUAUAUUCAGAAUACUAAUGUGUCCUCCACACAUGAACCCUAUAGUGCCUGAAAUUGGUUGUUUGUCGUUUAAAAAGAAAACUUGUUAUGUAUCUAUCAUAGCGUACCAGGCAGAUAGUGUCCUAGAUGAAAGCUCAAGUGUUAAAAUAAAAUUGGCACUUCAAAAAAUAUCACCAACUGAAGAUUUAAUAAGUUUAGUUGAUAAUUUAAUUGAUGCCCAGCUUUGACCAUCCAUUUGAUAUGGAAGAGUUUAAUGUUAUGGUGUUAAAUAAAAUAAAAUUAAGUAUGGCAUUGGAGCUUUGCAAUGCAAGAAAUGUUUUUAAAAUGUGAAUUCAUUAUGCAAUUAUAACUUGCAGUAUUUUCUCUCGACUACCAGUAGUAGACUUGUACUGUAAUAAACCUGUAUGCUGACAUCUUAAGUUGCUACCUUUUUAGUUGUAAAUCCACAUUGAAUCUUUGUUGAGAAAUGGUGUCAUACAUGAGCAAUGGACUUGUGUUUUUAUAAGGAAUGUAAUAAAUUGGUAAAAUGGU